AUGAAAGCUCUCAAGAGGUUCGCGAAAAGGUUCAAGCGACGUCGCCCCAAACAGUCUCAGACGAAGCCCCAAGCUACCGACGCGGAACCAACCCAGCCUCUUCCUCUUCUCGCCCCAACGGCACAAAUCGUACCAGAGUCUACCUCGCUGUCAUCGCCAAGUGAUGCAUACGGCGCCUUUUCGCGCCUCCCGACGGAAAUACGGCGGCAGAUCCUCACAUACGCCUUUGGCGGACGCACGGUGCACAUCGACCUAUUUUGGCGCCACCCUUUGGUACGGCGCUCUGCGUCCGUGUCCGUGUCCGGGGAAGGGCUACAAGGGACGUCAAAGAAGCACUGCGGACUAGGCGAAGAACUUGUCGAGGAUGACACGCUGCCGAAGCGGUGGCAGUGGUUCAGCUGCGUGUGCCACCGGAGCGCCGAGGCGCAGGAUCCGCAAAACAUCGCCUUUUACAAGUUUGAGACGACAAUUUGGCCCUUUGAAGACAAGUGCCUCGAGGGCGAGUACUGUCACUGCGGCGGAAGCGACAGGCCAGGAAAAGGAUAUGGGUACUGUUUCCUCGGGGUGAUGGGGUGGCUGCUCGCUUGCCGUGGGGCCUAUAGUGACGGCAUGGACGUGCUGUUCUCGACAAACACGUUCUAUCUCUCGAGUAUCCCCCUGCUGCUCAAUAUGCGGCGCCUUAUAUCGCCAUACGAGGUCGAUAAGAUCAAGUCUGUGCAGCUUGCUGUAGGAAAGUCUCGACUCUUUAGAUUUGAAAAGGACCCUCUUGUACAUGGUCUGUGGCAAGGGACCGCCGAGGAGAAAAGGGACUGUGCUCUCCCGCUGGUUUGUUCCACAGUGCCGAACCUCUUCUCUAAUGUGCGUCGUCUGGAGCUCUAUGUGCAGAGUCAACUGUGCCCUUCGCGAGACGUUCCCGUGGACCAAAGAGUGUCUCUGUUGGUGCGCGAUGUGAUGGAUCCCCUCGAGGACAUGGUACGCUGUCUGGGCGCAGGCAAGCAGGUCGUUAUCGCCGUCUCCCUGGAGGCUCAUAAAGCCCUCAUGCAAAAGCACAGAGAGCUCGAAGGAGCCGCUUUCCGGUGGGAGCCCGUGGUGGGGACCAAUGGCGCCAUCCAGCGGCACCAGCAAUUCUGGAGGGCUCUCGGCAGCGACGACAACGGGAACGAGAUGGGGUACUGGCUGCGCACCGGCUGGAACGACCACGACAUAGUGAAUGAUCCGUAUAUGAUGAACUGCUUCGGUGGAGGAGGAGGCAGCAUAUUUGAUUUGUGGGGGUAUUAUAGGAGGGAGGUGACGCUGGGGCGGUCUCAGUAUGCUACCAAUGUAACGUACGAGGACUAG